UUUUUAAAGGUCCUGAUCCUGAAAACCAAAAAAAAUGAAACAGCUGCCAGCAGAAACUGUUCGACUUCUUUCUAGUUCACAGGUCAUCAUGUCAGUUGUCAGUGUGGUUAAAGAACUGAUAGAGAAUUCUUUGGACGCUAAUGCAACUAUUGUUGAUGUUAAGUUGGAGAACUAUGGUUUUGAAAAGAUUGAAGUGCGAGAUAAUGGUGAUGGGAUAAAGGCAGUUGAUGUUCCUGUUACGGCGAUGAAGCACUACACAUCAAAAAUAAACUCUUCUGAGGACCUUGAAAGCUUGAGAACGUAUGGUUUCCGUGGUGAAGCUCUGGGCUCCAUUUGUAGCAUAUCACAGGUUUCUGUUACAACAAGGACAGCUGCUGAUGAUUUUAGCACCCAGUACAAUUUUGAUAGAAGUGGUCAUAUAAUUUCUCAGAAGCCGUCUCAUCUUGGAACAGGGACAACUGUAACAGUUCAGAAGCUGUUCAAGAAUCUGCCUGUAAGAAAACAGUUUUAUUCUACAGAUAAGAAAUGUAAGGAAGAAAUUAAAAAAAUUCAGAAGCUGUUGAUGGCAUAUGGCAUUAUAAAACCAGAACUGAGGAUAAUGUUUAAACAUAACAAGACAAUCAUAUGGCAGAAGAUCAAGGUACUGGAUCAUAAAAUGGCGUUCAUGGAAGUAGUGGGACCUGCUAUUAUGAAGAGCAUGGUACCUUUUCAACAGCACUAUGAAGAUCUGGAGAUAUCUUUCAGUGGCUUUGUUCCAAAGCCUGAUUCAAAUAGAUGUUUGACAGGUCAUUCAAGCUCAGACAGAAGUUUCAUUUUUAUUAACAGCCGACCAGUGUAUCAAAAGGAAAUUCUCAAGCUUGUUCAACAGUACUAUAACAUGAUAUUGCACAAGGAUUUUAAUCGCUUGUUCCCGAUUUUCUUUAUCAACAUUACUGUUCCUCCAUCUGCUGUGGAUGUCAAUUUAAUACCAGAUAAAUCUCAAGUAUUACUUCAUAAUAAGGAAUCUGUCUGCCUUGCUAUUGAAGAGAGUAUGAUAGCAUUAUAUGGACCGUUAAGUAGCUCUAUGUCUUAUGAAAUGAACACAACUGACUUUACCUCAAGAGACAUUGUUAAUGUAGCUGAACAAGAAGUUACAACCAGACCCUGUACAAGUAGAGAACCACCUGUUUGUACUUUACUGUCUUCACUUAGUAAUGACAUACAAAAUGGAAAUGUACAGAAAAACAGAUUAGUUGGCAAUCAAACAAUAUAUAAUUCUUCUUCUCAUGAUGCUUCUACUGAAAUUAAAAUAACUGAUAAUGAAAUUCUUGCAUAUGAUAGAUUUCAGGAUGAGCAACCAAAUAAUGUACUAUGUCAAGACCAACAGAAUAAGGAAAUAUUUAAUCCAGAUAACAGUAUUAUAAUGGACAUUCAAUCUGAAAAUAGCAUGGAGAGCGAUUCAAGAAAUCACUUUUUUCAAGAAGCAGGAGAACGAGAAAGAGCCAUAAUCGCUGCAGAUACUUCUGAAGUUGCUGCUGAUAAAUGGAGUAUGGGUAAUGCAUUUAAAAAUUCCAGAGAAGAAAAUCUGGAACCUGUUCAGAUUUUAAUUCCAAAUAUGAGUGAAAUAAGACCUCAAAAGAAAAAUGAUGGCCCAGCAAAACUUCAAGAAGAAAGUAAUAAUCAAACUGUUAAAAAAACAAAUGUGAUAAAAGAUAAAAUGGGUCAGAUUACAUCUUAUGACUUAAUUAGCAGUAAGAUUAUCAGGAAAUCCAUGUCAGCAUUUGAUCUUUUUGUUCAAGACCAUUCACCUGAUUCAUUGAGUGAAAUUGCCAAAGUAAACUCAGAAAAACUACAGCUGAAAAUGGAAACAAUGUGGAACUCAUUGAAUGAAGAAGAGAAAAAGAAAUAUGAGGAAAAAGCUGGCAGAGAUCUGGAACGAUACAACAGGCAAACCAGAGAAGCUAUGUGCCAGAAUAUACAAACAUCAAUGAGGAAGAGAGAAAAAAGACCCAAGGUUAAACUAAAGGACUGCUUAAAUAAUCAGCAAAAAUUGGACACACUUUUUAACUCACAAAUAGGAAAGAAGCAUAAUAACCAAGCUAUAAAAACUGUACUACUGCCUUUCUCCAUGGAUGCAUUCAAACAAAAACUUCAAAGGCUUGAACAGAAAGAACCAGAUAAAGAGGAAUCUUGCUUAAUCCAUCUUCUGAAUUUUCCUGAUGCAUGGAUACUUGCCUCUGAGAAAAAAAUAGAGAUGCUCAAUCCAUACAGAAUAGAAGAAGCCCUUCUCUUCAAAAAACUAAUUGAAAAUCAUAAGCUUCCUAUAGAGAAGUUGGACACUCCUAUUAUAUUAACUGACAGUCUUUUUAGUGACUCUCAUUAUAUGGAAGUGCUCUGCAGUAUGUCUAGGGAAAGUGCAAGAUUUGAUGGAUCUUCCUAUUUGUUGGAUUCCAGACUUGUAGCAAAUGGAUUUAAGAUAAAGAUAAUACCAGGUACUUCAGCUGUGGAAAGUCAGCUGGAAAUAGAAGGAAUGACCAGCUGUCUGCCAUACUAUGGUAUAUCAGAUUUGAAGGAAAUUCUAAGUGCUGUGAUAAAUAAUAAUGCACAAGAAGUCCAUGAAUGCAGACCUCUUAAAGUGGCAAACUAUUUGGAGGGAGAAGCAGUCAGACUAUCCCGACAAUUGCCUUUGUAUUUAUCAAAGGAAGAUGUACAGAACACCAUGCGCAGAAUGGAGAAGCAACUUGGAACCCAACUUAAUAGCUGUGUCCAUGGUCGUCCGUUUAUUCAUUUCUUAACAAACACGCCACAGAGUAACUACCAAGGAAAAGAAAAUGCUGUUUAAAAUCGUAUUUCACCCUUUUACGCACUAUGGUAUGGACAUUUACUAUUUUUAAAAUGAGUAUUUGGCUAUAAUUACUGUAUUGGGAUGUGUUUUGAAAUAAUUCCUUGUUAUUUGUAUAACAAAAAUACGAUG